AUGUUUUCCCGAUUAAGAGCAGCCGCCGCUCCCUGUACGAUGGCAUGUCGCAGCGCACAUACGAAAGAAAAAGGGAAGCCCCUGAUGUUAAACCCACGGACAAACAAGGGUAUGGCCUUUACGUUACAUGAACGACAGAUGCUUGGCUUGCAGGGACUCCUACCUCCCAAAAUCGAGACACAAGACAUCCAAGCCUUACGCUUCCACAAGAAUUUGGCAAAAAUGACCGACCCCUUGGAAAAGUAUAUCUACAUAAUGGGAAUCCAAGAGAGAAAUGAAAAAUUAUUCUAUAGGGUAUUACAAGAUGAUAUUGAGCGGUUAAUGCCAAUUGUAUACACACCAACAGUCGGCCUUGCCUGCACCCAGUAUGGACACAUCUUCAGGAGACCAAAAGGGUUAUUUAUUUCUAUCUCAGACAGAGGCCAUAUCAGGUCAAUUGUGAACAACUGGCCAGAGAACGACGUUAAGGCUGUUGUCGUCACUGAUGGAGAAAGAAUAUUGGGUCUUGGAGACCUUGGUGUGUACGGCAUGGGAAUUCCAGUAGGAAAACUGUGUUUGUAUACAGCCUGUGCAGGAAUACAUCCAGAUAAAUGCUUGCCUGUGUGCAUCGACGUUGGAACUGAUAAUACAACACUCCUAAAAGAUCCGUUUUACAUGGGCCUGUACCAAAAAAGGGAUCGCUCACAGGUCUAUGAUGACCUAAUUGAUGAAUUUAUGGAAGCCAUUACAGACAGGUAUGGCCAGAACACACUUAUCCAAUUUGAAGACUUCGGAAACCACAACGCUUUUCGCUUUUUAAGAAAAUACAGAGAGAAAUAUUGUACCUUCAAUGACGACAUUCAAGGGACAGCUUCGGUGGCUUUGGCAGGACUGCUGGCAGCACAGAAAGCCACUGGUAAACCACUUGUAGAGCAGAAAGUGCUGUUCCUUGGAGCAGGAGAGGCCGCCCUGGGAAUUGCAAACCUCAUUGUUAUGGCUAUGAUGGAAAGCGGGGUUUCUGCUGAGGAAGCCUACCGGAGGAUAUGGAUGUUUGACAAAUAUGGUUUACUGGUUCAGGGCCGAGAACAAAAGGUAGAUUCCAAUCAAGAACCAUUUACGCAUCAGGCUCCAGAGCAGAUACCAAAGACGUUUGUAGAGGCAGUGAAUGUACUUCGGCCUUCAGCUAUCGUUGGAGUUGCAGGAGCUGGGCGGCUCUUCUCUCAGGAUGUGAUCAAAGCAAUGGCCGCUAUCAAUGAGCGGCCCAUAAUAUUUGCACUAAGUAACCCUACAGUGAAAGCUGAAUGCACAGCAGAGGAAGCGUAUACAUUAACAGAGGGCCGUUGCUUGUUUGCCAGUGGCAGUCCCUUCGAGCUGGUGACUCUGAAAGAUGGAAGAACCUUCAAACCAGGCCAAGGAAACAAUGCUUACAUUUUUCCAGGCGUGGCUCUCGCUGUGAUCCUCAGCAGUGUUCGGCAUAUUAGUGAUAAGGUUUUCCUAGAAGCUGCUAAGGCAUUGGCAGAACAGUUGACCGAUGAAGAACUUGCACAAGGAAGGCUUUAUCCUCCACUGUCUAAUAUCAGGGAAGUUUCUAUUUAUAUUGCUGUCAAGGUUAUGGAAUUUUUGUACGCAAACAACAUGGCUUUCCAUUACCCUGAACCUGCAGACAAGAACCGUUACAUUCGAUCAAAGGUUUGGACCUACGAAUACGAAUCCUUCAUGCCAGAUGUGUAUGACUGGCCUGAAUCUAAGGUUCACUGA